CGAGCGCUUCCCCUUAAUAUUUGUUAUGCACUGUAUUUUUGACUGUAAUCAUGACUCUCAUAAAUUAAUCAAUUUUAGGUUGAGUAUUAUAACAAGCAGCAAUCGAUAUCAUAUUUUAUGACAUAAUCUCAUUGUGCAUUCGGACAUAGUCAUUACGUCUCAGCCGUUUUAAAAGAUUACACCACCAAACUGUGUGCUAAUUUGAAUAUGUUACAUAUAGAUAACGGAAACGGAAAGUUGUAUAAAUUAGUAUUGAUUCGAAAGGGCAAAAUCACAGCGAUAAAAGCAGAACCGGCGCCGGUUUUAAAUGUGGCUGUUAUUGGAGCUGGAACAUCGGGGUUAGUGAGUGCAAAAUAUGCACUGGCUCAAGGUUACAAUGUGACAGUUUACGAACAGGCUGAACAAUUCGGCGGGAUUUGGUGGUACACAGACAAAACCGGCAAAGAUCAAUAUGGUCAAAAUGUCCAUUCGGCGAUGUAUCAAGGGCUUAGAACGAAUUUGCCACACCAAGUAAUGGAAUUCAACGAUCAUCCCUAUCCCAACGGAACCAAAUCGUAUCCAUCACAAGCCGAUGUCCUGAAAUACCUUCACUCAUACGCGGAUCGUUUUGAAAUCAAGAAACACAUCAAGCUCAGCCACUUGGUUAUCCGCGUUCUUCCAAUCGAAAAUGACAAAUGGGAAGUGAUCGUGAAGGAUUUGCCAAACGACAAAUUCCAGACACUGAUCUAUGAUGUCGUUUUUGUUGCCAACGGUCACUUUGCUUCGCCACGUUAUCCAAGCAUACCCGGCCUUGAUGAAUUCAAAGGGCAAACACUGCACAGCCAUGAUUAUCGAAGCGUCGAAGCAUUCCAUG